AUUGUGCUCCAGAAUACAAACUCAAUGGGAGAAUGUCAUUCAUGUCAGAUAUUUACAGUUUGGGUGUCAUAAUCAAAGAGAUGGUGACCGGAAGUACGGAGGAGCCUAAUGUUGAUAGGGUACAUAGAAGAUGGAGGCACAGGUGGAAGAAUGCAAAGCACAUGUCACUAGUAUAUCAGCAGCAAGUGACUAAAUGCCUCGAAUUGGCGCAAAGGUGCACUAACUUGGAGCCCACAGAAAGGCCUGAUAUACUGGUUAUAAUCCGUGAACUUAAUGAAAUGGAUAGUACACCAGACAUUAGCAAUGCAAGUAUAUCUACAGUUGAGCAGCAGAGAAACUCUUUCUUGGAGGACAUGCUUGGGAUAGAGCCACUGGACCUGCAUUUCACUGCUGAGCAUAACAAGCAGACGUCAGGAUCAAUCAAACUGACCAAUGAUACCGAUGACUACAUUGCCUUUUGGGUAUCAGCCCCAAGCCGACUUCCGUUGUGCGUGCAUCCGAACAAAGAUGUUGUCCCACCACGGUCCUCAUGCAGGGUCACCGUAACAUUGGAAGCAGUAAAGAAGCCACUGCAGAAGAAGCACUGUACAGAGAAGUUCUGUGUGCAGAGCACCAGAGUAGAUAAGGGUGUUGCAUCCAAGCAUAUAACGGGAGACAUGUUCAAGGAAGAGGCAGGCAAAGAUGUUGACAUGGUGAACUUGAUGGUAAGCGUGCAUGCACCAAAGCAGCUCCUGAUCGUGGAUCCCCUUGAGCUCCGAUACAGGACUAUUGAGCUGAAUAAACCGUCGCCUUGUUUAAUACAGCUGACAAACAUGACAGAUGAUUACGUGGCUUUUACGUUUGUACUGCCCCAGCAAGGCAAUGUGCUCUACUACCACGUAGCGAUGGGCACGGGUAUCAUGCCACCAUGGUCAACACGAGGAGUUGUUGUAGACAUAGUGGUGAAGGAGGAAGCAAUUACAGAGAUGAUGCAAUGCAAGGACACCUGCAUUGUGCGGAGCGUCGUCGUGGACAAGGGUUUAAGGAACGAUGAUGUGAGGGUGGAAUUCUUCGAUGAUCGAAUUGGUGUGCACGAGAUGGAGUUGGACAUUGUGUUCGCAGAGCAGCCCCAAGCAGCUUCUUCAUCAGUGCGAGAUGACGAGCAGGAUUGGGAAGAGGACCCACUGGAGUUAUUGGGAGACAGGGCCAUGCUGAUGAGCCCUUUUUUAAUUGAGACGGAGUUGCUGCACAUCUACCCUGCAGAGCUCCAUGUCUCAUCCGAAGGAGGAGCCAACGAGUACAUAAGCCUAGCCAACAAGACAGACGAUGAUGUUGUGUAUGCCAUCAAUUACUAUGACCGACGAGGGGAAGAUGAAGGCUUCAGCAGAGUCUCCCAUGACAAAGGCGUUUUGCGACCCCAAUCCACUUGUGCUGUCCCUGUGCUUUGUGAGAACAAACGUCAUUACCAAGUUGGAGUGAUGAUGAUCAGUGGGAGCCGCCGUUAUCGUACCGCUGAUGGUUUCUUUGAUAACUACACUUGCGACAAGCGUGAGGAACUAAUGAGUCAAGUCAGAGCAGAGGGAGGAAAGGCGCACGAGGCGCUGUUGGCGUGUGUCGUACGCACCUCGCCUCACCCAGAUUGUAAGCAGCACCAGGUAGGCUAG